UCCAUCGGUCUUCAGUCAGCGGCAGAGCGUCGACGAGGAGACCGGCUUUCUGCUCUUCACCCCGGGAGGCUGGAAUCUGUUCACCAUCAAAACUCACUCUCACUCACCACCAUUCUCCUCCCCGCCGAAGCUCCGUUGCACCAUGCUGACCCGUCUGUUCCGCAUGCACGGCCUCCUGGUGGCCUCCCACCCCUGGGAGGUGAUCGUCGGCACGGUCACCCUCACCAUCUGUAUGAUGUCCAUGAACAUGUUCACCGGCAAUGACCAGAUCUGUGGCUGGAACUUCGACUGCCCCAAAACAGAGGAGCAAAUUCUGAGCAGCGAUAUCAUCAUCCUGACCAUCACACGUUGCAUCGCCAUCGUCUACAUUUACUUCCAGUUCCAGAACCUGAGACAGCUGGGAUCCAAAUAUAUUUUAGGCAUCGCUGGCCUUUUCACCAUAUUCUCCAGCUUCGUAUUCAGCACAGUGGUCAUUCACUUUCUCGAUAAAGAGCUCACAGGCCUCAAUGAGGCUUUGCCCUUCUUCCUGCUCCUCAUCGACCUCUCCAAAGCGUGCGCUCUCGCCAAGUUCGCUCUAAGCUCCAGUUCUCAGGAUGAAGUGAGGGACAACAUUGCUCGCGGCAUGGCAGUACUUGGACCUACUUUCACUUUGGACGCCCUGGUGGAGUGCUUAGUGAUCGGAGUGGGAACCAUGUCAGGCGUGCGGCAGUUGGAAAUCAUGUGCUGCUUUGGUUGCAUGUCUGUCCUGGCCAACUACUUUGUGUUCAUGACUUUCUUCCCCGCCUGUGUGUCACUGGUGCUGGAGUUGUCCCGCGAGAGUCAGGAGGGCCAUCCUAUCUGGCAGCUGAGCCACUUCUCCAGAGUGAUGGAGGAGGAGGAGGACAACAAACCCAACCCUGUAACCCAGAGAGUCAAAAUGAUCAUGUCUCUGGGCCUGGUGAUGGUUCACGCCCACAGCCGCUGGAUCGCCGAGCCCUUGUCCAUCAACACCACAGUGGGCAUCCCACAGGUCGGCAUGGAGCUGGACCACCUCUCACCCAGGAGGAUCGAGCCAGAGAAACCACUCUGGCACUUCUACCUCACCAGGAUGAUAACCAUGGACAUAGAGCAGGUGAUCUGUCUGGCCUUGGCCCUGCUGCUGGCUAUCAAGUACAUCUUCUUUGAGCAGGUUGAGAUGGAGUCUACACUGUCACUCAAGAACCCCAUGACUAUGUCCGCCCCCGCCCUGACCCCGCGACGCCCCGUUGAGACCUGCUGUAGGAAGGAGCCGUACACUCCCCGACCCCUCGCCCCCACUCAGACCGUGGCUGCCCCGGCCCCCACCAACAUGGAAGAGAGAGAUGAGGUUAUCCGGCCCCUGUCUGCCCCACCCGCUGAUCCCCAGCAAAAAAGCUUCUUUGUCGUGGGGGGGGAAGAGGAAGAUCUCAGGCCCAAGACCAAUCAGCUGAGCAUCCCCCUGACACCCAGAGGCCUGGACGAAUGUGUGGCCAUCCUCAACAACCCUGAUCUGGGGCCUUGUUUCCUGAGUGACGCUGAGGUGAUGCUGCUGGUCAACUCCAAACACAUCCCUGCAUACAAACUGGAGGUCAUGAUGGAGAGACCAGAGAGAGGAGUGGCCAUACGAAGGCAGAUGAUAUCUGCCAAGCUUCCCACUCCCUCUGCACUCUCCUCUCUGCCAUAUACUGACUACGACUACUCCAAGGUUAUGGGCGCCUGCUGUGAGAAUGUCAUUGGCUACAUGCCCGUACCGGUGGGCGUGGCUGGACCGCUGCAUCUGGAUGGGAAGCAGUUCCAGGUUCCCAUGGCAACCACAGAGGGCUGCUUGGUUGCCAGUACCAACCGUGGUUGUCGAGCAAUUGCUCUGGGAGGCGGAGCCAGCAGUCGUAUCCUGGCUGACAGCAUGACUCGAGGACCCGUGGUGAAGCUGCCCUCUGCCUGCCAGGCUGCUGAGGUCAAGGCCUGGCUGGAGAGUACAGACGGGUUUCAGGCCAUCAAGGAGGCCUUCGACAACACCAGCAGGUUUGCUCGGCUCCAGAAGCUGCUGGUUUGUCUGGCCGGGAGAAAUCUCUACAUCCGCUUCCAUUCCAGGACUGGUGAUGCCAUGGGGAUGAACAUGAUCUCUAAGGGCACAGAACAGGCUCUGAGCAGACUGCAGCAGCACUUCCCAGAGCUGCAGGUGGUGGCUGUCAGCGGGAACUACUGCACCGACAAGAAACCGGCCGCCAUCAACUGGAUCGAAGGCAGGGGCAAGUCUGCCGUCUGCGAGGCCACCAUCCCCGCUAAAGUGGUCAGAGAGGUCUUGAAAACAACGACAGAAGCUCUGGUGGAGGUGAACAUCAGUAAGAACCUGGUGGGCUCUGCCAUGGCGGGUAGCAUCGGUGGAUGUAACGCACACGCAGCCAACCUGGUGGCUGCCAUCUACAUCGCCUGCGGACAGGAUGUGAGCUACUGCCUCCAGAUGCUGGGUGUGCAGGGAGCCAGUCAGGAGUGUCCAGGGGAGAACGCCCGGCAGCUAGCCAGGGUUGUGUGUGCCACCGUGCUGGCUGGAGAGCUCUCGCUGAUGGCUGCUCUGGCUGCUGGUCACCUGGUCAAGAGUCACAUGACACACAACAGAUCCAAGGUGAACCUACAGGAGACUCCUGGAACGUGCACCAACAAAGCCUCCUGAGAGCCUGAGAGCAGCUGGGCCUCCCUCAGGGAGCCCGGGUCACUGAACGGAGCAGUAAACCCAGGGAACGAUGGACAAUUUGAAAGAGACUAAUCAUUCAUCACUGACCUCAGACGUCUUCCAAGUGCUUUCAAAGAGACACUGGAGUGUCUUCUGACCAAUCUCUAUGCUAGAUAUGAAAAGAAUCCAUACAAGCUAAUCAGACUAUUCUGUGGGAGCAUCUUCUUUUUCUCUAUGUUUGUGUUUAAUGGAGCUGGCUAGGAGACAGUUAAUUGCUGACUGCUUUUAUUUCCACAUUCAAUGCUGUCAGGUUUGGUUUGGGUUCAAAUGAAACAUUUCUACUGUCCUGUUGCCAAAUGGAGCACUGUACACAGAAGCAGUGAUGCCUAAAAGGUGAAUGUUUGUGAUUGUUGAAUGAGUGCAUGAUAACAAUGCUUCUUACUACAGAUUCUGGUUGUUUGUGAAGCUAACAAGGACACAGUGUCACAAUUGUGAAGCAGCCCACACAGUUCAGCAGUAUAGUCCUGGUUCAACCACAAGAGGACGGAAAUAUGAAGCAUGACUGACUCAUUGAAUGAAUGAACAAAUAUAUGAAAGAAUGAUUAUCUGGAUCCAAGAGGCACUUUAAGACUGCAAGAAUCUCCAGUAUGUACAGCACAGAACAGGUGAGGACAAAAUCAUGAGUGUGUCCUUCAAAAUAGGAUGGAAAAGGCUCCAAGUGCCUAUACUGCUAAUGGGAGUAUGCAACACAUAAUUCCUGUUGAGAUUACUCUGUAUAAUUAACCAAAAAGAAAUGUAGAACUGCCCAUUUACUGCAGAUAUGUGUGGAAACAAACUUGCAGAGACAGAGAAUUUGCAUGUGAGGUACUGUAGUCCAUCCCUUUAUGUCUGCUUUUAAUCAAGAUAAAGGCGUGUUGUCACUGUGUGCUGAUGCAGUGACAGACUUUUCAAACCAGUCUGUAUUUUAAACCGCAUUAGCAUGUAAUGUCGAUGCGUGAAAAUGUCUCUGUCAUGGUGAGACUUCCUGUUGUUCCAGCAGAUGGCAAAUAUUUUGGAUAUAUUUUGUAAUAAAUACAUAAGGACUUUA